UCCAGAGCGACGUGCAGCAAAGCGUAUGACCGUAGUUAGAGCUUAACUAACAUGAACAUUUAACUAUGCAUUUAAAGGGCAGUAUGUUAUAAGUUCUUAGGCUUCAUCUGUGAGCGUAACACUGCUGCGUGAAAUGCAUAUUGAUUGACAGUUGCCCCAGGCUUCUUCUGUUAAAUACUGCAUCAUUGCCGCACUGUCAGCUUAACAGUGCAGCAGCAGAAUGAAAGAUUUUAAUUUAAGGAAAUGUGCGUUUAAUUUGUCAGGUAAGCCUAGAACAGGUAUCCCUAAAACUACAUACAGCCAGUCUAACUUUCAAUUAGCAUGCAGGGCUACAGCGACCAUCCCUGAAAGGGGCAGGGUUACACACACACUAUAAACAUCCACCACGCACCACCCUUACCCAGUCCCUGAGACAUCCCACAGAGAAGAGUGGCUUUAGAGAGAAGACACUGACUCUCCAGCACUGCUGCCCCAAGAUGACCUCUGAUCUCUCCAAAGUGGAUCUCCUCUGUCGGAUGAACAAUGAGGGCCACAGAACGAGUGAAAUCUCUACAGAGCGGCUGAUCGUCAGGCGAGGGCAGACCUUCCUGCUUACUCUCCACUCCAGCAGUGCCCGAAGCCUCAAGCCUGACUCCUUGGAACUCACCGUCCAAACAGGACCCGAGCCCUCUGAAGAUUUGGGGACCAAGUGUGUGUUUGGUGUCGCCGGCGAAAGCCUGGCGAAGAAAUCCUGGGAUGCUAAGGUCCAGGAGACUUCCGCCACAUCAGUGACCCUGGCCAUCACUAGCCCGGCGGAUGCCAGCAUUGGGGAGUACACCCUCUCUGUGAAGACGAACCCCGAUAUGACUGUGGGCCACAGCGCUGGGGCCUUUGUCCUCCUGUUUAACCCUUGGUGUGCAGAGGACUGGGUGCACCUGGCCGAUGAAGAGGAGAGGCAGGAGUAUGUGAUGAGUGAACACGGCUUGAUUUACAGAGGGACAAGUGACUACAUUCAUGAGUUGGCCUGGGAUUUUGGACAGUUUGAAAGUGACAUCCUCGACAUCUGCUUGAAAAUGCUGGACCUCAACCCCAAAUGUAUAAAGGACGCAGCCGAGGAUUUCUCCGCACGCUGCAACCCCAUCUAUGUCAGCAGAGUGGUCAGCGCUAUGAUCAACAGUAACGAUGACAGAGGCGUGCUACAGGGCAACUGGAGCAUUUUUUUUUGGGACGGAGUGUCUCCAAUGCACUGGAACGGCAGCGUGGACAUCUUGAGGAAGUGGAAGGAGUCUGACUACCACCCCGUCAAAUAUGGCCAGUGCUGGGUGUUCGGUGGGGUCAUGUGCACAGUUUUGAGGUGCUUGGGAAUCCCCUGUCGUGCGAUCACAAAUUUCAUGUCUGCUCAUGACACUCAAGGAAAUCUAUUAAUCGAUGAAUACUACUCUGAGCAUGGCAUCGAACCCAAGGAGAGCGAUGACAGUGUAUGGAACUAUCAUGUGUGGGUAGAAAGUUGGAUGAGGCGACCUGAUCUCCCUAGAGAACCACUUUAUGAUGGCUGGCAGGUUCUGGACCCCACCCCUCAGGAGCUGAGUGAUGGGGUACACUGCUGUGGCCCAGCUGCAGUGAAGGCUGUACAUGAGGGACACACAGAGCUGAAGUAUGACCUGCCUUUCGUCUUCGCCGAGGUCAAUGCGGACCGGGUCGAUUGGAAAAUCAUGGCUGACGGGUCACAGAAGAGGAUCAUGUCGGACACAAAGUUGGUGGGUCAGAACAUCAGCACUAAAUCAGUGGGCAGUGACGAACGACUCGACAUCACAGCAAACUACAAGUAUCCGGAAGGUACAGAGAAGGAAAGGGAGGCGUUCAAUGAAGCGGUAAGGAGAUCUGAAAAACUCCGCAAACCGGAGCCUGCCCCAGCGCCACCCCCUCCCAAAAUCUCAGUCAAGAUCGAAGAGCAGAGCAAGCUAAUCAACGGCACGGACAUCGACCUGGUGAUCCGACUGCAGAGCCCCACGCCGCGUGAUGUGGUGCUCCAUGUCAACGCCCAGGUCAUGCUGUAUAACGGUGUACUUGAAUCUGAUGUCUGCAGUGAAGAACAGGAAGUACAGCUACUUACCAACGAAGAGCUGACGGUCCCUUUCCAGAUUCCCUUCUCCAAAUAUGGGAGUCACAUACAGGAAAACAAGAGCAUCAAAGUGACAGCAGUAGCCAAUGACAAGGAGCACACCGAGGAGGUGUACCUGGCAGAGAAGGACAUUGUGCUUGAAAAUCCCCCCUUCAGCAUCACUGUCAUUGGAAAUCCUGUGCAGCUAAAGAACUUGCAGGCGGAGAUCAAUUUUGAUAACCCGUUACCCGAGGCUUUGACUAAUUGCUCCAUAAAAGUGUCUGGCAGUGGCUUAUUGAGGGACCCUGUAGAAACCAGGUUUUUGUCUGUGGGCCCAGGGCAGCAGGCUCGAGUUAUAGUGGCCUUCACACCCUACAGAAUUGGACCCAAGAAGCUGAUGGCUAACCUGAACUGUGACCAGUUCCGGGACAUCCAAACAAGCUGCAAAAUACAUGUGUUCAGAUUAAGGUGAAGACUGAAGGGGAUUUUGACCUGCUAGGUGCGGAUGUUCACUCCCAGACCCCUAGGGGGCGU